CACGGUCAAACCACUCUUCUUCCGGCUCUAUCCAAACACCAGGUUUAACAAGAUGAACUGGAUAAUCGGCUAUAUGACUUGAGUCCAAUCCAAAGACUGUACUUUCAUUUGGAGUAUACGCCCUAGCGAUCCUUUGACCAGAGCUUCUUGUUGCGUUUGCGAGACGCAAUGCCGUUGGCUCUUUAUCGACUGGCCAUAGAAACCAUCGCAUCAAGACAUCCUAUGUUACGCGCGCGCUUUAUUAAGAAUCCAAACCAUAACUAUUGGCAGCAAUACAUCUCGGACGAUAUCCACGGCUUUUUCUACCUUUAUCAUGCGAAAGGCCUGGAAGCCACGGAGAAACUAAAGGCCAAUGUCAUCAUCAAAUGCCGCUAACGUCUAAACAUCGAGAAGGGCCCCUUGUUCACAUGUGCUAUUUUGAUGACGGACCUGGUAAACAAAGUCUCUUCAUAGCUAUCCACCACAUAGUCGCCGAUCUUUUCU